UUAAAAAGGGUUUGAUAUGAGAGGAAGGGGGUCAACUCAGGAAGUACAAAGGGGGGAGACCCAGAGGAAGAAAAGACUGAAGAGCUUUGAUCGAGGUCAGAGCGAGCAGCGGUGCAGGAGGGAGUCCAGCUUUGCUUUUUAACGUCUAAUUUAAACAUAACUGCUCCCCCCACCUCCCCUAUUUUUUUACAUUUAACUGAGAGAUGUGGUCGAUCCUCUGAAGAUGACCCCGGGCAAACGUCGAACAGGGUUGGAAACGGCUCGACUGGCCUUCGUCCUCCUGCUGAUCUGUAACGCCGCUGCCGUUUCCACGCAGUUUAACGGAUACAACUGUGACGCCAGCUACCACAGCAGGUUUCCUGCUGAGCGGGACAUCAGCAUCUACUGUGGGGUCCAAACCAUCACCCUGAAGAUCAACUUCUGUCCGGUGCUGUACUCCGGUUACACCGCCUCAGACCUGGCUCUGAACGGCCAACACAGCGACCCUCAGUGCCGAGGCUUCAUCAACAACAACACCUUCCCCACGGCGGUGCUGUUCAGCAUCAGCCUCAGCACCMUGGAGGCCUGCGGUACCAGCCUGGUGGUCAGCACGGCGCACGGGAUCAACGCUUACGGGAACAUGUCUCUGGUUCAAAUCGGGAACAUCUCGGGCUACAUCGACACCCCCGACCCRCUGACGGUCAUCAGCUACCUGCCCGGUUUGUUGUAUAAAUUCAGCUGCAGCUACCCGCUGGAGUACCUCGUCAACAACUCACAGCUGGCUUCCUCCUCUGCGGCUGUAUCCGUCAAGGACAACAACGGCACAUUUGUCAGCACUCUGAGUAUGAUUCUGUACAACGAUUCAACAUACAGCUAUCCUCUGUCGAUCCCCACAACUGGACUCGCUCUGAAAACUAGAGUAUUUGCUGCCGUGAAAGCAACAAACUUAGACAAACGAUGGAAUAUCUUGAUGGACUACUGUUACACAACCCCCUCAGGGAAUCCUAAUGAUGAACUCCGCUACGAUCUGUUCUUUGGCUGCUACAAAGACCCCCAGACGACGGUUUUUGAAAACGGGAAGAGYCAGCUGGGUCGUUUUUCCUUCGAGGUCUUCCGAUUCGUGAAACACAGACACCAGAAGAUGUCCACYGUGUUUUUGCACUGCGUCACCAAACUUUGCCGGGCAGACGACUGCAUCAUGCUCAUUCCAAUCUGUGGGCGACGACGCAAGAGGGAUGGAGUCCAGGACCUCCAUCCACCACCAGCAGCCUCUGGGAGCGCCGUUAUCUCUGCCGGUCCCAUCAUCACCAGGAGUG